AUGAUGAGUGUGGAAUUAAAGAAGAAGGAUAAUCAUGAAGAUGUGCAGCCGGAAAGAGUUGAGGUGGAAACUCUUGAAAGUGCUGCCCAAACAGCAUUAGAGGAGUAUCAUAGUUGUAUACGUGCAAAGAUCCUUGGACGUACAAUGGUGGAAUCUGCAGAUGCCGCUGCGGCUGCAUUAAAUGAACUCACAGCUUCUCAUUCUCGUAUGGUGGAACAACUACAGACGCAGAUCUCAAGUUUACAGGAUCAAUUGUGUGGGGCAGCCACUCUGAUUGAAAAGCUUGGGGGUCAAAUAGUAAAUGAGAGUAAUAAUAAUAAUAAUAAUAAUAAUAAUAAUAAUAAUAAUAAUAAUAAUAUGCAGCUCACCGCCUGUACUUCUAAUGUGAGUGUGUCAAUGCCUCCACGUGAGUCCUUUGCGUUAGAUGUCUAUUCCAGUUCACGUGAAGAAGGUGGAUUCGAUAGUACUCUUCAACCACAACCUGCAAAGACUGAAGAAGACACUCAUCCUUCUAUAGAAAGAGAAGAGGGAGAAGAAAAAGAUCAAACAACAAUAACAACAACAACAACAAUAUCACAACAACGGCAGGAAGGGACUUUUUCUGUAGAGGCGGCCUCUUCUGAUGCCUUUGCUACUGCCCAAAGUGGUGGUCGUGGCACUGGUGAAGUAUCUACACAAGCGGAAACAGAUCCAUUGCAUUCCGUGUUAAUGGCAGAACUUGUAGAAGGACGGGGAACACUCAAACUGCAGGAACAACAACGAACAGUGAUGGUUAAACAAAUACAAGAGUUGACUACACUGUUGGCAAAGGUUGUAAAGGAGAAUGCGGAGUAUCGGCAGGAAAUUCAUCUCCUACGGGCUACAACUAUUCCAGUUGUUGAACAUCAACAACUCCUUAAUGAACGUAAUAUGUUGGAACAGGAAUGUAAAUCUAUGAAAUUAGAGUUAAAACGAUUGGAGGAGGAAUUAGAAAUGGCGUUAAAUGCCACGCCGGCCCAACAACAUCCAUUGAUGAUGAGUACAUUAGAUGCUACUCUCCAUAAGGAUGAAGUACUACCAGUACUGCAGGCGUCAACCCAAUUACUUUCAUCACAUCCAUUCUCACAACAACAAGAAGAAAAAGAAAAAGAACAACAAUCUGUAGAUACUACACGUGAAUCUAUCACAACAGAGGGAAGAUUUCAUCCAGCCCAAAGUCUCAUGGAGGAAAGUUCAAAUAACGUUCUUGAUUCUACAGGAGAUGCACUGCAACUACAACUACAACAUACUGGACUUUGGAAGAAUGCUAUUCGUGAACUUGAGCAGCAAGCCACUCUUGCAGCCUCACAAUUAUCUGCAGCUGAACGCCUUCGUGAGGCGGAGGCACGUAUUGAAGAAUUACAGUCAUCUAACACAGAACUCCGUACAUCUUUAGAGAAUCUUGAGGCGGAAGACAAAUGUGUUCGUGAGGAUUGUGAACAAUUAACAUUCCGUAAUGGUGUUCUCUCGCAGCAGGUAUCUUCUUUACUGGUACGUGUGGAACAACAACGACGUGCAUUACAGCGGUGUGAGGAACAUCAUCAUCAUUAUUAUUUAGACAAAGCGAAUGGUGAAGAAGGAAGAGAAGAGGAAGAAGAGGAUGUAUACUCGGUAGCAGAUUCUGAGAUAUUACUUGAAGGUGAACUUCCAACACGACGUGAACCGCGAGGACGUGUGGCCUCUGCAGCUCAAGCACUCCUUGAAAACCGAAAUCUUGUAUCUGCUCAUCCCAUUGGUAGAAGCACAACAACAACAACAACAACAACAACAAUAGGAACAGGAACAGCUGUAGAGGCAAAUAGUGUUAGUUGUCUCUUGGAUGUAUCCCUGCGGUCUGCUGGGCCAUUGGAGGUGGAGGGUGGAGUACGCACGGGUCUUGGUGUAUUUGCCCGCACGGCCUAUCGUCCACGUCGAUCACUGUUAUUACGUAACUUUGGAUCUCCAACAGUGGAAGUGGAACACACACAUGUGCCGCGAUUGCCCGCAUCUGAUCAACUCAGUGGAGUGGCAUUGGGAAGAGGCUCUCACUACACUACUGUAAACCCCGUUAGGAAUUCCUUAGCUCAACCUAGUAGUGGUAUGUAUGGUACUAUGGAGAGUCAUCACAGUGGAAGCAGUAAUAGCAGUAAUCAUAGUGGUGAGGAUAGGAAAAGAAGAAGAAGAGAUCGUUUAUUGGGUUCUGUGGCGACCACGAUGAUUGUUAGUGAGGAUUCAGAGGAGAAUAGACGUUUCCUUGAAAUUCUCCGUGAGGAUGAAAACUUUGAUCGAUACUCUGUAAACUCUGUGUCAGAGUUACUGCAGCGUAACCAGGAGUUAUUGAAACAGUUGUAUCUUGCUACUCAACGUGCAGACACAGCAGAGGAACGAUUACAACAACAACAACAACAACAAAGACAGAGACAAGAAAGUCAUUCUAACUCCGAUACAGAGGCUGCACAGAGAGAUAUUGUUCAUAGUCGUAAACGUAAGAGGGAAGAUUCUCCAUCCAAGUUUAACUUGCCAAUGGUCCAAAGGCAAAUGGAAAGUGAUGUCAUGAGGGGAACAUCCGGUGAAGAUGUGCUUGACUGUGGUGUAGUCUUUAGCAACACCUCAGGAUCUAUUACAGCUCAACAACAAGAAAAACAAACACAACAAAGUGAAGAAAAUAAGGAUAUGGAAAAAAGACAAUUCUCUCUUGUAGAAUUUGAUGAACGUUAUAUGCAGUUGGAAUCACAUGUUGAUGGACAUAUUGAUGCCGUAUUACAUAAACAUCAUGCGGAUUUAAUGUUAACAGAUAAAAGUCUUGCAGCAUCAUUACUUCGUAUUAUGGAACUUGGUCGUAGACCAGGCGUUAAUAAUAAUAAUAAUAAUAAUAAUAAUAAUAAUAACGCCAGGGAUGCCGCUGCAGAGACUAUGAAAGAUGCUGUGAUUGCAUCUCUUGUACGUGUGUGUACUCAACAAGGUGUACGUGUGGCCCAACAAACUAUUGAAAUUGCAGCCGCGCAGCAGUCCUGUCAUGCGGAGAUGAUGCGUGAAUGUUGGAAUGAGGCUCAACGUGUACUUUUACGCUCAGCCGCAGAUCUUCAAACGGCUAUUACUCGUUUGCCUAUCACUUCAAAUCCAAAUGCUUCUGUUAUUAACGUCUCUGAUGCGUCUCAUACAGUUGCAGCAAGGGAUGAGAAGGUAGAAAGUGGAGAGAGUCCUAGUGAAAGGGAUGAAUUGCAGUUAUUGCAGAAUAUUGCUAGUUUACUUCGCACAGCUUCAUUAAAGGAACACACGAUUCAGCGAGUAUUGUUAUUAGCAGCACAACGUCAACGGAUGAUUCGACGAACCCUUGCGGAACCAAAACAAACUAUGGAUAAAAAUGAUAGUAAUAUUGAAGAUGAUAAAAAUAAUAAUGAUAAUAAUGAUGCUGACGAUGAUGAUAGUAUUGUUACAAGUCUAGAUGAUAAUAAUGAUGAACAAUAUACCCUACAAGAACUAAGCAAACAACUCAAUGAGGCACAAACACAGUACAACAAAUUACGUGAAGCUUAUCAUGAAGAACGUAAACAACAUACAGUCUUACUUGACCGUAUGUGGCGAUUGGAAGAGGAAAUGGUAAGUGCUGUACGAAGCCGUGAUGAGGCACAAGAACGUAUGGCUACUAUGAUGACACGUGAGGAAUAUGAGGCAACAGUGGAUGCAUUAGAUACCGCUAAUGCCAACAUGGCGGAUCUCCAAUCUCAGUUACAACAAGCAGAAGAAAAGAAUAAAGUCCAACAACAGGAAGUUGAACAUUGGCGUGCGGCCGGUGUGGAGAGUGAGAGACGACGGGUGGCGGAGGCCGCAUUGGUGGGAGAACAAAUCGCACAGAAGGAUCGAUUGAUUGCCCAUCACGUGGAACAGCAUCAUUUAAUGGAAUUGCGUUGUGGAGAACAGCAAGAACGUGUACGUCAGUUAGAAUUGGAAGCGGAACAACAUCGUAAUGAAAUGAUGGAAAAAGAUGAGAAUGUCAAGGCACUGCAAGAGCAAAUUCAUCGUGUGGAACUUGCUCUACUGGAGCAGAAGUGUACACAGGAUUUAUUGUUUACCAUAUUUCCAGAUGAUCGGGCAUUAACAGAGAAUCGUAAUUUAAUACAGGCAAUGCGAGAAGAAAAGGUAAAACUCACAGAAACCAUGACAGCCCUUCAGCUUGAAAUGGAUGGAAUAAAACGUGAGUUGUCUGCAGCGCAAUUAGAGAUCCAUAAUGCCGUACAAGCACGACAAGAAGCGGAAUUACGUUUACAGGAAUCUAUGCUUACACAAUCAGCAACAACAACAACAACAGCAGGAGUCGCAGAGAUCCCUAUAGUAUCCUCAUUAUCUUCAUCAUUAUCACUUCCGACAACAGGGAUGGUUGGAGUAACAGAAGAAAUAACGGGAACAAAAACAAAUAUGAGUUUUCGAUUAUUAGAGUUGGAGUCUUUGCAACGUGCAAAUGCUUCACUACUGGUAGAAAAAGGAGAAUUAAUGGAACGAGAGGCAUUAUUGCGUGCACAACUGGAUGCACUUGGACGUGAUCCGAUAAGUGAGAAUGCACGUCGUUAUGGUCUUAAGGCAACCCGUUCCUUUGAGCAGCAAUUAGAAGAAAUGCAUGAACGGUGUGUAACUUUGCAGGAGAAACUCACAUCUGCGGAAGAACUACGAAGUACAGUGGAGCAAUUGGAAAGUGAAGUAACUCGUUUAACGGCACAAUUGGAGAAUGCGAAGAAGGCACUCGCAGAACAGCAGGAGGCAAACGCCGUACUGCAGGAAGAAGUACAAGCCCUUACCACCUCACUGGAGGAAAUGACAGAGUCUCAUAAUGCCGCCAAGUUAACAUUGGAGGAAAAAGAAGAAGAAAUCCGAAACAAUUCAGCAGAAAUAAAGAAAUUAGAGACAGAGAUGGAGAAGUUGGAGCAGAAAUUACGUGAAGGAGAUGAGGAACGCGUGCGGCUUUGUGAGGAUAAUGUGAGUCUCAUGAAUAGCCUUACGGCACUUGCAGAGGAAGUGAAGAAGAAGGAGGCGGAACGUAAAGCGGCGCAAGCUGCACUUUCACAGGGACUGGAAUCUGCAAAAUCAUCUCACCGCUUGCGUGGUCGAAGUACUGUUGGUGGUGGUAGUAGUACUGGUGUUGUGCCAGUUUCUUUCACUGGUUCGUUGGGGAGAUCAUCACCGUAA